AUGAUUUCAGCCAUCUCCAGCCCUUGGCUCACGCAGCUGUCGCACUUCUGCGACGUCGCCGCCUUCACGGCCAACAGCCUGAGCAGCCUCAACGCCUCGGCGGCGGCGGCGGCGGCGGGCGGCUACCACCACCUCUCCCCGUCGCCGGGCGACCCGUACGGCCAGCAUGAGCCGCCCCACUACGAGCCCUGCUCGGCGCAGCAGCAGCAGCAGCAGCACCCGCCGCCGCCUCAGCAACAGCCGCCGCCUCAGCCGCACCACCACGCCAGCCAGCAGCAGCAGCAGCACGGCUACUCCUUCCCGGGUGGCGCCGGUUCGAAUCCUGCGCCGCCGCCGCCGCCGCCGCCCCCGGCUGGUUCCGACGCUCCCGAAGGCGGCGGCGGCGGCUCGGCUCCAGCCUCGGCGAAAGCGCCGGUCAAGAAGAACCCCAAAGUGGCCAACGUCAACGUGCAGCUGGAGAUGAAGGCGCUCUGGGACGAGUUCAACCAGCUGGGCACCGAGAUGAUCGUCACCAAAGCCGGCAGGCGAAUGUUCCCCACCUUCCAGGUGAAAAUAUUCGGGAUGGACCCCAUGGCUGACUAUAUGCUCUUAAUGGACUUUGUUCCAGUGGACGACAAGCGAUACCGAUACGCAUUUCACAGUUCUUCCUGGCUGGUGGCCGGCAAGGCCGACCCAGCGACACCAGGAAGGGUCCAUUAUCACCCUGAUUCCCCUGCUAGGGGAGCACAGUGGAUGAAACAGAUCGUCUCCUUUGAUAAACUGAAGCUGACUAACAACUUAUUGGAUGACAAUGGACAUAUCAUUUUGAACUCCAUGCACAGAUAUCAGCCUCGAUUCCACGUGGUCUACGUGGAUCCGCGGAAAGACAGCGAGAAGUACGCGGAGGAGAACUUUAAGACCUUUGUCUUUGAGGAGACCCGCUUCACGGCAGUGACCGCUUACCAGAACCAUCGAAUAACCCAGCUAAAGAUUGCCAGCAACCCCUUCGCGAAAGGGUUCCGAGACUGCGACCCAGAAGACUGGCCCAGGAAUCACCGACCUGGGGCUUUGCCUCUCAUGAGUGCUUUCGCCAGAUCCAGAAAUCCGGUGUCUUCCCCGGUGCAUCAGAAUGGGACUGAGAAAGACGUCGUGGAGAGCCGGCGGGAGUAUGAGCGGGAAGCAGCCGGCGGGACGCCCCUCCACGCCGACCCUGCUCACCAGCAGCUCAUGUCGAGGGUGCUGAGCCCUGCGCUCCCCGUGCCCGGCGGAGGGGGCUUGGUUCCACUCUCCAGUCCAGCCGGGAGCCGGCCCAGCCCCCCACAUCACGAACUGCGGCUGGAACCUUCUGCUUCGGAGCCCCUCCAUCACCACCCGUACAAGCAUCCGGUUUCGGCCUACGACCAUUACCUGGGAGCAAAAAGCAGGCCGGCGCCCUACCCUUUGCCCAGCAUCCGAGGACACAGUUACCACCAUCACCACCACCACCACAUGAAUCCAGCUGCCGCUGCUGCCGCCGCGGCUGCCGCCGCAGCAGCCAACAUGUAUUCCACAGCAGGAGCUCCUAGCAACUACGACUAUGGACCAAGAUAACCAUCUCCAGGACAAAAGGUCCUCUAGCUAUGACUGGCUUUCUGCAUGGUUUGGAAUUGCUCAGUAGCAUACUUUUUUGGAGAGCACUAUCUUGUUGAGAGAACUCGCCCCACCCCACCCCCAAACAUCCUUGUUUCUGUGAGGGGGGCCUUCAUCUCCAGCUCAGGUCUUCUCCUCUGCACCUCCCCCUCCACGUACCAUCAGAGUCAUUGUUCAAGACUUGAUUUCCUUCCUUGUCCCAGAGGAUGAAAUGAUCGGCCCGCUUUCUUUGGCAGACCCAGCAUGGGUGAUGGAUGGAUG